GGGGUUUCAAUGUGGCGGCGCAAUGGAAUGAUGGAGUCAAGCACUGCCGAGAGGCGUAGUGCGCGUGCUAAAAAUAUUCUCAGUACCGGCGUAAAAAGAGUACACAGAGAAAACGAGAGAAAGAGGGGGGAAGGUAAAAAAAAAUCAUUUGCAACAAAAAAACGGAAAACGAACACAGACAAAAGAAAGCUGGGACUGAAGGACGACGGAAGACGGAAGACUGUGUGGUGGAAGGGGUGCAAGAGACAGACACAGAUAACGAAACACAGGACGCAGCGCCUCAAUUUGCCGCGUCUGCGGCCAUUAACAAAAACAAACGCGGGGUGGGGGCCGGGGGAAAGAGAAGGGGUGCGACAUUUCGUUAGGGGCCCGAGAAAAGGCGAGUAAGCGACGACAGCAGCCGAAAUGGAGGAGAAUCAAACAUCGGAAAGUGUCGCUGUACUACCGGACAUGUCCGAAGCGUUGACGAGCGAGACCGAGGAGGCGGAUGAUCUGACGACGAGCGAUCACGAACACGAGCAUAAACACUCUGUUUCAACUGGCGUUACAAACGUUACCGGAGUCUCCAGCGAUGUACAAGGAGUCGGUGUACCUGUUUCCUUACCUGUUGGCUCCAUUAUCGGGGUCGCUAACUCGACCAAUGGCACUACUUUCAACGUCAUCACGUCCGAUCAAUUACAGUUGUCCAGCUCUGGGCAAUUCAAGCAAAUGUUAUGCGUCGACAAUGGCUUCAUUUGUGAGCCACGCGAUGAAAAAGACGGUGAUCCUUUGCGCUGGAAUGGAGAACUCAAGGCGACACACAUUGUCAUACAAAAUAGCACGGAUGAUGUUGAAACAGAACAGAUUCAUGUUUCAACCGCCAACAGCCCCCAAGUUUGCAGUUGGGCCGAAUCUGCCAAUAUGGCUGUAUUACCGGUUCGCUGUAAAAACACCAAUGCAGAGUUGCACAAAAGUAGAUUUGGUUCUGGCGGCCGUGGCAGAUGUAUCAAACUCGGACAGGAGUGGUUCACGCCUAGCGAAUUUGAGGCUCUUUGCGGAAGGGCAUCGAGCAAAGACUGGAAACGCAGCAUAAGAUUUGGAGGAAGGAGUCUUCAAACUCUCAUUGAGGAACUUAUUCUCAAACCGCAUGCGACUUCCUGUACGUGUGCUGCUUGCUGCGACGACGAAACUGCUACGGGGCCAGUGCGACUGUUCACGCCCUAUAAGCGGAGAAGAAGAACACGAGAAACAUCGGAUGGUGAGACUCCGUCACGCAAACACAAGAGUGAUAAUUCAAGAGACGGGAGUAACAACGACGAAAGUGAUGGUGAUGUUGGAAAUGUAGAAAAAGAAGUUUGGCCACAGUAUGUGUCAGCUGACGGAAUCGUCGUUCAUCAAACAUCGGAGCAAGACAUACAAGGAGUUCAUCAAACCGAGAGCAGUCCAUCGGUGGAUGACAUGUUCAAAAAAUUGGAUGAAGUUUCAAACAAAAUAUUGAAACUGUCUUAUGAGUUCAAAAAAACUUUGGAGGAAGCGAAAGAAGCUAGCCGACAACAAAGACGUGAACAAGCCUUAGUUGCUCAACUAGGCCAGCGGGGCGAAGUUAUUGAAACCGUUGGAUUGCAACCUGCUACCGGAGCUCACAACAAAAAGUGUGCGAACUGCAACCGUGAAGCAUUUGCGGAAUGUUCGUUGUGUAGAAGAACACCGUAUUGUUCAACGUUUUGUCAACGAAAAGACUGGGCCGGUCAUCAAGUCGAGUGUGUUCGAGGUGCGGCAGAAACAGUGAUGCUGAUAGUUGAGAGCAGCGGAGAGGCGAACCAGAUGACGCCCAACGCCGGGGAACAAUAGUUGCCUUUUCUCAUAACUAGCAAACAAAAACUGAAUGUGGAAAAACAUUAUUGAUUAAGGAUCGACGAAAAUUAAUCCACGGAGGAUUUUUCUACUUAAUUUUAACGAAAAGAUCGUGUUCACACGAUCGACCAUGUAAAUAAGUGUAGCGAAUAUUUUUUUUACGUGAGCAUUAUCAUCGUAUCGAAAAAUAUGUUUCAACGAUAUUCGAAGAUUCACCAAAACCUGAAUGUCUCGAAUACGGAAAUCAUUUACACGGUGAAUAAAAAAAAGAACUGGCGAUGCUCGAAAACUCGUUCAAUCGAACCAAAGUCAUCGAAGUAUUUUUUGUUUUUUGAAUACGAAUUUUUUGCCAGCUUGUGAGCAUUUAUAGGUGUUUUAUUGCAAGAAUUCAUGUUUUUAAAGAGAAAAAAAACAUGUUUCGUUUAAAAGAAAUAACGGACUGUAUAUUGUAAUGAAAAUACACGAGUACCAGACGUUCUAGUAA